UUUUGUUGCACGCAGGUUUUGGGGCUAGCUAGAUAGGCACCGUACUUGAUUACAGCUACGCGAUUUGACCUAACCCGGUUUCAUUGUGAGUGCGUGUGGAAGGCCGCGCUUGGAUUGAGGUCAGUGUCAGUCCAGCAGCGCGUGGGGAUCCUGCUCCUUUAGUUUGUCUGAAGAAGGCGAGGAAGCAAAUAGAAAAGAAGGAAAUAAUUGGGGGAUGUCCUCUCACGUCCUUUUCUCGAGGCUUGCUCUCUCACUCCUCCAUUUGUGUUGCUUUCUGUGACCUGAAGGCCCCUUUUGGAGCUCUGGUUUCGCCGCCGGCCGCUGAUACAUCUGCUGUUGCUCUUUCCUUGAAAGGUUUUCUGCUGUAACCACGUGCUCUCGCUGUUAAACGGCUCCGGAUGUGAAACCAGCUGAACCCGCAGAGAGGUCGCGUCCGUGUUCUUUUGUGUGCAGCGCGUCGUAACAACGCGAUAGCCUGUCGUGUCAGACGCGCGAAGUGGCGAGGUUAUUCAGCGCCUUGUCAGUUUCCUGGGAUGAGAUACAGCCCUGAAAACUACCCUUGAUUAAAAAAAUAAAAAUAGUGAAAAAGCAACGCUGUUGACAAAGAGAGAUAAGGGCACCUGCCUACGUGGAGGUCGCUUUUGUUUGAUGGAUACCCUCAGCUACAAUCGCGGCAGAUGCGGUUGGACACGUCAGCCGGGCUUUUCGAUUUCCUGGUGGUAGAUGUCAAGAACCGUCCCGCCUGACGGUGUGACUAAGCACAUUUGUGUGUACGCUGAAGUUCACAUCUGGAGAAUCAGCGGAACCCCCGUGCCUCGGCGUCUAGUGUGACUAAUGCCCUCAGAUGUAUAUAUGCAAGUUCACGUGUCCGAUUUUUGCAGAGCCAGUGUAAGCCAAGGAAAAGGAAACGGUGCACAAGGAGGUGCGAGCCGUGCCCAAGAAGAAGAAAGUGCAGGAGAAGAAACGUGACAUAAAGACCCAGUACUUGCAUCCGUGGCUGAUGACGACCUUAAAGGGACACAGCGGCUCCAUACUUGACCUGGACUUCAACGCCAACGGGAAGUAUCUGGCGACAUCGGCUGAUGGUCGCUCCGCUCAGCGUGCCGUCCAGGGCCACAACAACAGCUGGCACAAGUCCUCCUCCGUCGGACGCACGACCACGACGGCUCCCCGGGGUCCUCCGAGCCCGCUGGAGGGCGCCUGGCGCCUUCCCCUGUGCGCUGACGACCUGUACCACCAGCUGCUGCGCUACAGGCUGACGCCUCAGGAACUGUACCGCUGCGGCUACCCGCGGCCGUGCCCCGAGGAGCCCGGCCGCGCCGUGUGGCUGCAAGCGGACGCCGCGUCGGCCGACUCGAGCCGCAAGACGUGCUGCCGCUGCGGCUCGUCGUUCGUCAUCACGCCGGGCGGCGAGUACUACGCCAACGACGUGUGCACCUUCCACACGGGCCGCCGUGGCGCCGCCGAGUUCACGUGCUGCGGCGCCACGGGCGACGAGCCCGGCUGCGAGCACUCCGACUACCACGUGUGCGCGCAGGGGGCGCGCGGCGAGCGGGACGCGCCGGCGCGGGGGUUUGUGCGCACGCGGCCGCGGCACGGCGUGGCCGGCGGGGUGUACGCGCUCGACUGCGAGAUGUGCUUCACCAUCCGGGGACUCGAGGUCGCCAAGGUGAGCGUGGUCGGCUCGAACGGCGCCACGGUGUACGACUCGUACGUGCGGCCGGGCAGCCCCGUGCUCGACUACAACACGGCGUUCAGCGGCGUCACGGCCGACCACCUGCGCAACGUGCGCACCACGCUGCAGGACGUGCAGGCCGUGCUGCUGCGCCUGUUCACCGCCUCGACGGUGCUCGUCGGCCACGGCCUCGAGAACGACCUGCGAGGCCUGAAGAUCCUGCACGACACCGUAGUCGACACGGCCGUCGUGUUCCCGCACCACCGGGGCCUGCCGUUCCGGCGGUCGCUGCGCUCGCUGGUCGGCGCGUACCUGAACCGGGACGUCCAGGACGGGCCGCGAGGACACGACAGCGUCGAGGACGCGCGCGCCUGCAUGGAGCUCAUGCUGUGGAAGGCCGGCCGGGACCAGAAGCUGCGCGAGCGGCGGAGCCGCGGCGCUGGCGGCCGGCUCAUGCAGCCGUCGCUCUAGCGGUGUCCUUCUCGUGUGUUGCGCGCGCGCGUGUGAGUGAGUGAGUGAGCUGAAAGGAAGAAAGAAAAAAAAAGUGUGGUGUUGAGGAUUAAGGAACGACGCUCGUGCGCGGGCUCUCUCUCUCUCUCUCAUCCAGACCUGCUAUCUCUCUCUCUAAAGAAAGAAAAUGAAUUCGUGCUGCCGCCGGCGACACCAACGCGCACUGCCAUGAUGUGACAUCUGCUCCUAAAACCGGAACGAUCCUCUCGACGGCUCGUUCGUCCUCCUCUUCCGUACGCGCCCGGCUGGUCUGUGUGUCGCCCGUGAGAAAAAAAAAAAAAAAGAAUGUGCCACGCGAGGACUGGACCAUUGAGAGGAGCGGUGCCACCGAACCACGGUUGUGAAAAAUGUGUCACUGUCCGAACCUUUUUUUUUUUUUAAGUAAUAUUUUUUUCGGACUUGUUGGGGGACAAUUACUGUGUCUCAGUGUAGGUGGACGCUGUUUGGGAAGACGCCGUUGUACUUGUUGGUCGCCCUUUUGUUGUUUAUUCGUACAAAGUUUAAAAAAAAAGUGUCGUUCCGACUCAGGAAGAAAUGGGGGCGUCUUUCCAAAAAAAGAAAAAAAAAAUAUCUAGAGGAGGAGACGGAAGAAGCCGGGACGAGCCGACAAGACCGCGCAUCGACCAUCUUGUACAGUCUUUUAUUUAUUGUCACGUGCCCAUCGUCAUGCUGUCAUUUUACACGUGCGGCUGGGUCUCGUGCAGCUUGCGGAUCUUAAUUUAUUGAUAUGUCCGUUUUUUGUAUGUUUUUUUUUACUGCCAUUAAAAGGAAAUGUGUUUUCCUCGGCGACAAAUGGAUAUUUUCCACCUGAA